AGAGCAAAGACGACCCCAUUCGCAUCAUCAGCGCUCCCGAUGUCAUCAUAGAGGGCGGCGGGCUGAGGAUGAUUGACAACAGCUCUGGGGUCGUGGUGUAUCCGUUCUCCACAACUGAGCGCAGGAUAGAUCUACUGCCUGAAAGCUUUCUGCAUCACGCCUCAAGACUGCCCGUCAGUAAGAGAGACUUCCACAGCGUCCUCAACAACAUUGAGCGUCUGCUGCUCCGGGCCUCCUACGCUCAGGAACACAGCGCCAUCUACAGGUUGGGCCGUGUGAGCAUGAGUGUGGCUGCUGAAGGCUCUGGCAGUGGCGUUCAGGCCCGCGCUGUGGAGGUGUGCCAGUGUCCUCCCGGAUAUGAUGGCACUUCCUGUGAGACAUGUGCGGUGGGCUUCCGCAGGGUUAACGGGACGCUGUAUCGCGGCGUGUGUGAACUCUGUCAAUGCCACGGACACGCAGAGCACUGCGACGACAUCACUGGACACUGCCUGGGCUGUAGGGAUCACACGGUAGGACCGUACUGUGAUCAUUGUGCUCCUGGAUACUACGGAGACGCCACCAGAGGAACUGCAGAAGACUGUCAGCCAUGUGCUUGUCCUCUUCUGAACCCAUCAAACAAGUGUGCUAAUGGCUAUUUCGGUCGUCCCAACGUUCCUGGGGGUUCCUGCCAGCCGUGUAUGUGUAACGGUAACCUGGAUCUUACAGCAGAGCUCAGCUGCGAUCCGGUGACUGGAGCCUGUCUGCGCUGUCGUGAGGGAUAUGGAGGACCGGACUGUGAAAGGUGCGCUGACGAAUACUUUGGUGAUGCCCUCAUAGCCAAGAAUUGCCGAGCGUGUCAGUGUCACACUAACGGAUCGUUCUCAGAGGUGUGCCAUCAGGAGACCGGACAGUGCCAGUGUCGACAACAUGUUGUUGGACGUCAGUGUGAUGAGUGCAUGUCUGGCUUACACAUGCAGGGCGCUCAAGGCUGCGUCCCAUGCCAUUGCAAUUCAUUCGGAUCGAAGUCGUUUGAUUGUGAUGAGAGCGGUCAGUGUCGCUGUCAGCCUGGUGUGACGGGACAGAAGUGUGACCGCUGCGCUCCCGGACACUUCAGCUUCCAGGAAGGCGGCUGCACACCGUGCCAGUGUGCCCAUGUGGGAAAUAACUGUGACGCUAACACAGGUCAGUGUAUCUGUCCGCCCAACACCGUGGGAGAGAGAUGUGACAAAUGUGCGCCCAACCACUGGGGUCACGACAUCAGCAGCGGCUGUAAGUCAUGUGGCUGUAACGCGCUGGGGUCUGUAGCACAGCAAUGUAACGUGAACACAGGCUGCUGCAUGUGCCGUGAGCAGUUCAGGGGUGAGAAAUGUGACGAGUGUAAGCUGGGUUACAGAGACUUCCCACAAUGCAUUUCCUGCCAGUGCUCGGCGGCAGGCUCGUCACUGGACACCUGCGAUGCAGAGUCUGGUCUCUGUGCAUGUGCAGACAGAAGUGGGCAGUGCUCAUGCAAGGCUAACGUGGAGGGAGUGAAAUGUGACCGCUGUAAGGUGGGCUCGUUCAGCCUCAGUCACAGGAAUCCACUGGGCUGCAGUCAGUGCUACUGCUUCGGCUUGAGCAGCUCAUGUACAGAGGCCACGGGACUCAUCCGUAUGAGGCUGACUCUGGUGCCAGAACAGACCGUUCUUCCUCUUGUGGACAAAUCCAGUCAUCAGGAGAUCACAGUGGGUGUGAGCUUCCAGCAUCCUGACAUCAUCGCUAAUGCUGAUGUGGUCCAGCAGCAUCUGAGUGAGCCGUACUACUGGAGAUUGCCAAAACAGUUCAAACGCUCCAUGAUAACAGCCUAUGGUGGGAAGCUGAAGUAUGCCAUCUAUUACGAGGCUCGUGAUGAGACGGGCCGCACCUCUUACGAGCCCCAGGUCAUCAUAAAGGGUGGACCCAACAAGGACAAGGUCAUGGUCCGCCACAUGCCAGCACUUCAGAUUGGCCAGCUGACCCGUCACGAGAUUGAUAUAACAGAGCACGAAUGGAAACACAAGGAUGACAGGCCGAUGUCUCGUGAGGAUUUCAUGGACGUGCUGUUUCAUGUCGAAUAUAUCCUAAUAAAGGCCUCACACGGCAGCGUCAUGAGACACAGCAGGAUUUCUGAGAUCACUUUGGAGGUGGCUGAGGUGGGGACGCCCUCAAAGGACAGUGAAAUCGCCCAUCAGAUUGAGAAAUGUGACUGUCCUCUGGGAUACGCCGGUCUCUCCUGUGAGGAAUGUGCAGCGGGGUUCUACAGGCUCUCUGUUCAUGCCGGUGGAGCCGCGUCCAGAGCGGGCUUUGGCACCUGUGUCCGGUGCCAGUGCAAUGGACACAGUGACUCGUGUGAUCCUGAAACAGCCGUCUGCCAGAAUUGUCAGCAUAACACAGUCGGCGAUAAGUGUGAGCGAUGUGCUGCAGGGUUUUACGGCGUAGUGCGCGGCUUUACCGACGACUGCAAACCCUGUGCGUGUCCGCUCCUCAACCCGGAGAACAACUUUAGUCCCACCUGUCAGACGGAGGGUUUUAGUGACCACCGCUGCACCUCCUGUCCUGAAGGCUAUGAGGGAAAACACUGUGAAAGGUGCGCCCCUGGUUUCCAUGGUAACCCGAGUGUGUUGGGCGGCCGGUGCGAGGAGUGUAAGUGCGACGCUUACGGUGCAUUUCCCACAGUGUGUGACCCGCGCUCCGGACAGUGCCGGUGUCGUCCCGGAGCCAGCGGCCUGAAGUGUGACCAGUGCAUGGAGAGGCAUGUGUGUGGCCCUCAGGGCAUCGUGUCGUGUGACGACGACUGCGCGGGACUCUUGAUUCGUGACAUGGAUCGUCUGCUGCGUUUGAUUGGCAGCGUCAAUCUCACUCUGCCCCUCCCCCUGCCGUAUAAAGUGCUGUAUCGAUACGAGAACAUGACGGAGGAGCUGAAGCACAUGCUGUCCCCUCAGAGAGCCCCGGAGAGACUGCUGCAGCUGGCCGACAGUAACCUGGGCAGUCUGGUCACUGAGAUGGACGAACUGCUCAGCAGGGCAACUAAAGUGUCUGCUGAUGGACAGCAGACGGCAGCAGAUGCAGAGCGGAGCCGCAAAGGAGCCGAGGACCUGGAGCUUUACGUCAGGAACACACUGCUGGCUGCUGAAGCUUUACGGGACAAAGCACGUGAGCUGAACACCACUCUGGGCUCGAGGGAUGGGGCUCCUGAGAAGAGUGUGAACGAGAUGAACGAUGAAAUCCAAGCCAUGCUCGCAGAACUACGCAAACGCCAGCUCUCCGGCAAGAAAAACAUCGCUGACGAAGAAUUGGGUGCCGCAGAGGCUCUUUUGGCUAGAGUGAAGCGUUUGUUUGGAGAUCCACACCAGGCCACAGAGGACCUGAAGAAGGAGGUCAGUGAUAAAAUGGGCGAUUACAGGCAGAAACUGGACGAAGCUCAGGAUCUGCUGAGGGACGCGCACAACAAAACCAAGCAGGCCGAAGGACUGGCUGAUAACAACCAACUGAACCUCGACCGUCUGCAGGGAAAGAGGGAUGCGGCCGGUAAACAGAAAAAGGAAAUGGAGGGAAUUUUGGCGGAAGGAGAGAAGAUGCUGGAUGAAGCUAACGCUCUCUCAGACAGCAUCAACCAGGGCAAAGAGGAGCUGGAGGAGAUGGACAGAGAGUUGGGUCCCCUGCACGAUAAGUUGGAUUUUAAAGUGGCACGUUUGGGUCGGGGUCUGGACGACUCCAUCCCUGAUCUGUUGCUGAGAGCAGAGGACCACGCCGGCCAGCUCAACGAUUCUGCUGCCAUACUUGACAGUAUUCUAGCUGAGGCAAAGAACCUGUCGUUCAACGCCACCGCUGCUUUCAAGGCUUACACCAACAUCAAGAACUACAUCGAUGAGGCUGAUAAGGUGGCCAAAGAGGCAAAGAAAGCCAGCAUUGAUGCUCUACAGCUGGCCUCAGGACCCAAAGGAUCUCUGAAAGACCAGGCCAAGGGUUCGGUUCAGAAGAGCCACCACCUGUGGAACGAGGCCAAAGAACUGCAGAAUGACGUGAAAGAAAAUGGAGAGAAUCUGGGUGCUCUUCAGUUCAGACUGAAAGGAGCCAACAAAAAGAACAAAGAUCACGCAAUUAUGAAAGAAAAAAAGUCAGAAUUGUGCGAUAAAAAGUCGCAGUUACCUUUUUUAAUUUUUUUAUUCAGUGAUCUGGCAGCGAAGAUCCAGGCCACUAAACUGAAGGCAGCGGAGGCCAACGACACGGCCAUAGACGUGCUCCACCGCCUGAAGGACAUGAACCUCCACCUGAUGGGCCUGAAGAGGAACCACAGCAAACUGGAGGACGACGUCAAGACAGCCAACAACCUGAUCAAAGACCCGGAGAAAAACAUUCAUGCGGCCGGAGCUAAAGUCAAGGAUCUGGAGAACGAGGCCGAUAGGUUGUUGGAGAAACUGAAGCCCAUUCAGGAGCUCCAGGACAACCUGAAGAAAAACAUCUCACAGAUCAAAGAGCUCAUCAGCCAGGCUCGCAAACAGGCCAACUCUAUUAAGGUGUCUGUGUCGUCCGGUGGAAGCUGUAUCCGCACCUACCGGCCAGAGAUCAAGAAAGGCCGCUAUAACACCAUCAUCCUCCAUGUGAAGACCGUUGCUGCUGAUAACCUGCUCUUCUACCUCGGAUCGGCCAAAUACGUGGAUUUCUUGGCAGUGGAGAUGAGGAAGGGUAAGGUGAACUUCCUGUGGGAUGUGGGAUCAGGGGUCGGCCGUGUCGAAUAUCCCGAUCUCGUCAUCAACGAUGGAAACUGGCAUCGGAUCGAGGCCUCACGUAUCGGGCUGAAUGGCAGUAUCUCGGUCCACGCGCUGGAGGGACCCAAAACAGGCAUCUUACCGACCCUCAGAAGUGCCAGAUCACCCGAGACCUACACCGUGCUGGAUGUGGACCAGAACGCUUACCUGUUUGUCGGCGGCAUGCUGGGCUCAGUGAAGAAAGCAGAUGCUGUGAAAACCACCACGUUCUCAGGCUGUAUGGGAGAGACGUCUCUAGAUGGAAAACCCAUCGGCCUCUGGAACUACAGAGAGAGAGACGGGGAUUGUGCUGGUUGUGUGGUCAGUCCUCAGCCGGCGGAUACUGAAGGCACGGUUCAGUUUGACGGAGAGGGUUACGCCGCCGUCAGCCGACCCACCCGAUGGAACCCAAACGUUUCCACGGUCAUGUUCAAGUUCCGCACGUUCUCCACAGACGCGCUCAUGAUGUACUUCACCACCAAGGACAUGAAAGACUUCACGAGUGCAGAGCUGAGGGAUGGGAGGGUGAAAGUGAGUUAUGAUCUGGGCUCCGGCACCGGCUCCAUCAUCAGUGACAAGCGCUAUAAUGACGGCAAAUGGAAGUCGUUCACCAUGUCCCGCAUGAAGAAAGAAGCAAUCAUCGCCAUAGUGAACAUCGACACUAAUGAGGACGAGCAGUUGCGGAUGGCGUCUCCAGGUGGAGCGACAGGCCUCAACCUGAGGGAGGAUGAGAGGAUGUAUUUUGGCGGUGUACCCAAGACUGGAAACUACAGGUCAGAGGUGGUUUUGAAGAGGUUCUCUGGCUGUAUGAAAGACAUUGAAGUUUCCCGAACACCGUACAAUCUGCUGAGCAGCCCAGACUACACAGGACUGAUCAAAGGCUGCUCCAUUGAGAACCUGCACACCGUGAGCUUCUCCAGGCCCGGGUACAUGGAGCUGAAACCUGUGUCGUUUGACGUAGGCUCAGAGAUCUCUCUCUCCUUCAGCACAAAGAGUGAAAACGGCAUCAUCCUGUUCGGCAGAGGAGGACUGACCUCUAUGACGCAGCUGACGCAAGGCCUGACGCCUGUCCACAUCCCGCGCCGCUCGCGCAGACAGACCGGAGAGCCCUUCCUGUCUGUGCAGCUGAAUAAAGGGGCUCUGGAGGUGCUGGUGUUCACAGGCAGCAAGAGUCCACGCAGAGCUUUCAGAAAAGCGGAUAAGGGAAUACUGCAUGAUGGGAGAGAGCACUCACUGCGCAUCCAGAGACUCUCGGGAGCAUUAUUCACUGUGCAGGUGGAUGAAGAGCCACUCUUCCAGCAGCCAUUACCCAACGAUCAUCCUCUGAGCAUCCAUCGGCUCUUCAUCGGAGGCAUCCCGGCGGACAUAGAAACAGGUGUACAGCGGCCCAACGUGCCGUUUGAGGGCUGCAUCUGGAACCUUCUCAUCAACACAGUGCCCAUGGAUUUCUCUCAGCCCGUGGCCUUUGAGAACGCAGAGAUUGGGCAGUGUCCUGACCUGGCCCCGCCUCCACCCCCGCCCGAGACCCCUGAGGAGGAGGAGGAGGAGGACGACGAAGAGGAAGAGGCUCCAGCCAAACCAGCACUCAUCCCUACAGAAGCAGCUCGGCCUCCACCACCAGCCUCUACUGCCACGCCCCUCACAGAGGCCACGCCCAUCCCAGACACGCCUACCAGUGUCAAAGGAACUGCGGUGUCGUGCGCAGCAGAGGCGGAGCCUGUCGUGCUGGAACUGGCCAAACAGUUCGGUCUCUCCAGAAACAGUCACAUGGCCUUUGAGUUUGAUGACAGAAAGGUGAAGAACAGGCUGAUCAUCGAGUUCGAGAUACGCACAGAAGCAGCCUCGGGGCUGGUGUUCUACAUGGCCAGGAUAAACCACGCUGACUUCGCCACCAUCCAGCUGAAGGAGGGAAUGGCUCACCUGAGCUACGAUCUGGGCAGCGGCAACACCUCCGUCAGCGUGCCGCGCAUCAUCAACGACGGACAGUGGCACAAGAUCCGUGUGACGAGAGAGAAGCAGAGAGGAUUUCUCGUGAUUGACGGCCGUUACUCCAAACACACCACCAGCCCAAAGAAAGCUGAUAUUCUGGAUGUGGUGGGAAUGUUGUAUGUGGGAGGUUUACCGCUCAACUACACCACCAAACGCAUCGGACCGGUGCUGUACAGUAUCGACGCCUGCAUUAGGAACUUCAAGAUGAUGAAUCUGCUGCUGGACAUGGAGAAACCCACAUCCAGCUACCGCGUGGGCUCCUGCUUCGCCAACCCAGAAAAAGGAACUUAUUUUGAUGGCACAGGCUAUGCUAAAGCUGGUGAGGAUCCAUUGUAG